AUGAAGUCCACGCCUGCAAUUUUCGCCUUUUACAUUUCAAUUUCCUUCGCAUUUUUUUGCUCGGCUUUUCCCGCAGUUUCCGGAGCCCCGGAAGCUGGCCAACAAGAAACGUUUCUUUCCCCAUCACGAGGCCCCAGCACUUCACGAAAUGCAAACACUCAGAAUGCUCCACAAGACACUUCUUUCUCGGAAGAAUCUGACGAAGAGGACGAGGACUCAGCGGAGUCCGGGGACCCCAAAGACCUGCUGCACUUCGUCUCCUUCGACUUGUCCUUUUUGCUGAAUACAGUUUCCCCUGCAGUGCGGAAGGCGGUGGACUCAGUGCUGUCGGACUUUGUUUCGUCUUCUGCUGCUGCUGCUGCUGCUGCUGCAGCAGACGUGCUGCAGGCAGCAGUCCGCAGCCCCCCAGCCCGCGAAAACCCCCAGGCCCUCGUCUUUCUCUCCGACGCAGCCACUUCUCUUGCAAAGACAGUCUUGCAGCCUCCAACUGAAGGCUUUAAAGAAGCAAUGGAAGGAGUUAAUGUGCAGCAAGCUGUCAACGGCCUCGUGGAUCUGUUGGCUGGAGAGAGGGCCGACCGGCAGCAGCAAAACGCCCCCGCGAAGCCCAAGCAGAGUCGCGCAGAUCCGGCAGCAGCAGCAGCAACAGCAGCGCCAGCAGCUGCAGCAACAGCUGCAGCAACAGCUGCAGCAAGUGGACCAGUAGCAGCAGCCAAGGCUCCGUCAGCAGCACAGCCCAAACCGACGGAAAAGGGAGCGACCCCUGCAGCAGCGCCGAGGGUAGAAGCUAGCAACGCUGCAGCACCAGCAGCAGCAGCUAACAGGCCCGCAGCAGCAGCUGCAGCAGCUAGCCAAAACGCAGCUCCAACAGCAAAUGUCCCUCGCAGAGAAGCAGGAGGUGCAACACGAAAUGCAGCUUUGAAGAGAGCCAAGGGCAGGGAAACAGCAGCAGCAGAAGAAAUAAGAAAUGAAGCGGAGAGAAAGAUGCGCGGGAAACCAAAAACCACAACCGCUGCUGUAGGACCCGCUGCAGCAGCAAGUCCUACGGUGGCUGCAGCAGCACCAGCAGCUGCUGCUGCUCAAGCUGCUACGGCCAAAUCGCCUGCUGAGGCUGCUGCAGUCACUGUUGCAGACAAAAAGGCAGAAUUGGUGGCUUUAGCAGCUCAAGACAAGACUGCAGCAGCAGAAGUUGCUGCAGCGAGGGACGCAGCAGCAGUUUCUGCAAAGGAAGAAGCAGCAGCAGCAGCAGCUGCGGCGAAGGUAACCACUGCAGCAGGAAACGAGGAACCUUCUGCAAAGAAAGAAGAAAUCGAGACAAAAGCUGGAGCCUCAGCAACAAAGAAAAGCGGGGAAGAAGCAGCUCCAGCAGCGCCAGAAGUCACAGGAAAGGAUGCAGCAGCAGCAGCAGCAGCAAAGGAAGCAACUGGCGAGCAAAACCUAGAGGCGCAAGAGCGCAAAUCUGCAGCAGCACCAGCAGCAGCACCUGCAGCUGAAGAGCCUGCAGAAGCAGCACCAGCAGCAGCAGCUGCAGCUGAAGAGCCUGCAGAAGCAGCACCAGCAGCAGCAGCUGCAGCUGAAGAGCCUGCAGAAGCAGCGCCAGCUGCGCCGGCAGAAACCAAGGAAAGUGCGGCAGCAGCAGCAACAACGGCAGCAGCAGCAGCAGAAGCACCAGAAGAAGCAGCAAGUGAGAAGCUCGAAUUGGUAAAAUCUAACGAAGCAGCUGCUGCGCCGGCGAGCGAGGAAAGUGCAGCAACAGAAGCCACGGAGGAAGCUGCAGCAGCAAAAGCCACAGAGGAAGCAGCAGCAGCAAAAGCCACAGAGGAGACUGCAGCAGCAAAGGACAGCAAGCAAGCUGAGACGCCGAAGGACAGCGAGGAAGCGGCGGCGCCAGAAGCUGAUCAGGAAGCUGCAGCAGCAGCAGCCAGCGAAGCAGCUGCAGCAGCGGGAGCGAGCGAAGCAGCUGCAGCACGAGAUGCUGCAGCAGCUGAAGUUCACGAGGCUGCUGCAGCACCAAAAGCCGGAGAGGAGGCUGCAGCGGCGGAAGACAGAGAAGCAGGUGCAGCAGCAAAAGCCAACGAGGAAGCUGCAGCGCCAGAGUUCGAAAAGGAAGCAGCAGUAGCAGCAGUAGCUGCAGCAGCAGCAGCAGCAAACAAGCAAGCUCCAGCAACUACUCCCGCAGCUGCAGCAAGCGCGGAAGCUUCAUCAAGCGUGGCGGCGGGCAACCCAGCAGCAGCAGCAGCAGCAGCAGCAGCAGCAGCAGCAGCAGCAGCAGCAGCAGCGCGGGAGGAGGCGCGUCAGCUGCAGCAGCGGGGCGAGUACUCGGAAAUGGUGCUGCCGCUGCUGCCGCGAGUGGACAUGGCGAUAGCGCGGGUGCCGCAAAUAUUUCCAGUUGCUGCUGCAGCAACAACGCAUGCAGUCGGUGCUGUUGUGGGGACUUCGAAGGUGCUGGCGGGAGCAGCAGCAGCAACGGUGCAGGAGAUGAGGGCCCGCAGAGAAAGAAGCAGAGUCCUCGCUCGCUAA